CGAACAAACAUUUUUAUUUUAUUUGUUUGGACUCGCUCAUCUUACCUUUAAAAUAAUUGUAGUGCUUUCGUACGCUUACACUUUACAGACAAACAAGAAAAAUGGAGUGUGUGGAAGCAUUACUCGCUGAUUUUUCCGUCGACGACCUUUUCGACUUCUCUAACGCCGACACUGCUUUCAUACGAGAAGAUGAGUCAUCUUCAUCUCAAAGAGAAGAAGGAGAAGAAGAUGAACAAGAACGUGACAAAGCCAAAAGCCUUUCCGACCAAAGUACUCAUCUUUCACCGCUCGAAGAUCUCUUAUCUUUUCCUAGGGACGACGUUCCAUCUGUCAAGGCUGGUGAUCUGGAGAACCUAGAGUGGUUAUCCAAAUUCGUGGAGGAUUCUUUCUCGGAAUCUUACUUGUCCGGUGAUUUUCCGGUGUCGGUGGAUGAGGCUCAGAAUCAGAGACAGUGUGUUCCAGCUAAACCCAGAAGCAAACGUCGCCGCACCAAUGGCCGUAUAUGGUCUCUGGAGUCUACAUCUCCCCUGCUACCCACCGCCGUUUCCGGAAAGAAGAAGAGAGGAAAACAUACGGCGGAGGUGUCGUCCGGUGACGGAGUCCAGCAGCGGUGCUGCAGCCAUUGUGGAGUAGAGGAAACGCCUCAGUGGAGAAUGGGUCCGUUAGGUGCCAAGACACUGUGUAAUGCUUGCGGCGUUCGGUUUAAGUCGGGUCGGCUUUUACCCGAAUAUAGACCCGCUUGUAGCCCGACAUUCUCCACCGAGAUUCACUCUAACUCUCACCGGAAAGUGUUGGAGCUGCGGCUCAUGAAAUCAGCGGAUCCGGGUCGGGUUUAACCCGUGGUUUUCACUAAAUUUAUCAGUUUCCAUAUGCAUAAUGUGAUCAGAAAGAUCGUAGGUUGUUUUCAGAUUCAUGAAUUUGAAGCUAUAUUGAAU